UUCAGCGGCUGCACAAUGCUCCAAAUAUGGCAAUGGAAGUGGAAAGCAAUAAUUUUUACACUCCUACUUCUCAAGCUCCUCAGUAUCUUUUACCCAAUCUCUGUCUUACCAAUAACAUCCACGACGCUCCCACAAUCCUCAAAUCCCAGGUUUUCCUGUGCCCCACCGCACCACUCUUACCCCUUCUGCAACACCUCCCUCCCCAUCGAAAUCAGAGUUCAAUCCCUCAUAGCCCUUUUGACUCUACAAGAAAAGGUCCAACUCCUAUCCAAUAACGCCUCUGCCAUACCCAGGCUCGGCCUAGCUGCUUAUGAGUGGUGGUCUGAGUCCCUCCAUGGCAUAGCUUCAAACGGUCCUGGUGUCUCUUUCAGUGGCCCAGUUAGAGCCGCGACGGCAUUCCCUCAGGUUUUGCUUUCCGCGGCUUCUUUUAAUAGAAGUUUGUGGUUUUUGGUUGGGCGGGCUGCUGGGGUUGAAGGGAGGGCCAUGCACAAUGAGGGUCAGUCUGGGUUGACUUUUUGGGCGCCGAACAUUAAUAUAUUCAGGGACCCCAGAUGGGGAAGAGGGCAAGAGACGCCGGGCGAGGAUCCGAUGGUGGCGAGUGCUUAUGCCGUUGAAUAUGUGAAGGGGUUGCAAGGGGAGGAUCUGGGUGGUGUGGAUGGUGGGUUCAUGGCAUCUGCUUGUUGCAAGCAUUAUACUGCUUAUGAUUUGGAGAAUUGGGGGAAUUUCAGUAGUUUUAGCUUCAAUGCCAUGGUCUCUAAGCAGGAUAUGGAGGAUACAUACCAGCCGCCAUUUCAGAGCUGCAUUGAAGAAGGCAGAGCCACUUGUUUGAUGUGUUCAUAUAAUGAAGUCAAUGGAAUGCCUUCGUGUGCACAUCGUGAUCUCCUACAGAGAGCUCGCAAGGAAUGGGGCUUCAAAGGAUACAUCACCUCAGACUGUGAUGCUGUUGCUGUAAUUUAUGAAGAUCAUAAAUACACGAAAUCUCCUGAAGAUGCAGUUGCUAAUGUCAUUAAAGCAGGAAUGGAUAUAAAUUGUGGCACGUAUUUGUCACGAUAUACCCAGUUGGCACUUGAGCAAGGGAAGAUUCAGGAGGAGGACAUAAACCGAGCUGUUUCAAAUUUGUUUUCAGUACAACUUCUUCUUGGCCUUUUCAAUGGAGACCCUGCUAAGGGUAACUAUGGGAAUUUGGGAAGAGAAGAUGUAUGUACUCUGGAACACCGGAACUUGGCACUAGAUGCUGCAAGGCAGGGAAUUGUGCUUUUAAAGAAUGAGAAUAAUUUAUUGCCAUUAAAUCGAAUGGCUAUCACCUCCUUGGCCAUUAUUGGGCCUUCAGCAAAUAGUUCCAGCCAAUUGGGUGGUGACUACACAGGUGUGCCGUGUAAUCCAACAAGCCUUUUCGAGGGACUACAACACUGCAUCAAAACUAAUUAUGCUAGUGGUUGUGGUGACACACGAUGCAAUUCCAGUAAGGGGUUUGCAGAAGCUGUUCGAAUUUCCAGAGAAGCUGAUGCAGUAGUUGUGGUUGCUGGGCUUGAUCUGUCCCAAGAAGAUGAAGGGAGUGACAGGGCGAGCCUUCUCCUUCCUGGUAGACAGAUGGAUCUCAUCUCUGCAGUUUCUACUGCAAGCGAAAAGCCUAUUAUUUUGGUUCUACUUGGCGGUGGACCGAUUGAUAUAUCAUUUGCCAAAGUAAACGCACGAAUUGGAAGCAUUCUCUGGAUAGGAUACCCUGGUGAGGCUGGUGGGCAAGCGGUUGCAGAUACCAUCUUUGGAGAGUUCAAUCCAGGUGGACGACUUUCGAUCACUUGGUAUCCUGAAUCAUUUAUCAGUGUGCCAAUGAAUGACAUGAGCUUGCGACCUGACCCUUCACGUGGCUAUCCAGGACGAACUUAUCGGUUCUAUACUGGAGAGGUGGUAUAUGAAUUUGGAUAUGGAUUGAGCUAUUCCAAGUACAGCUACAAAUUCAUGUUGGUGCCGGACAAAGUAGUUUUAUCGACUGAUACCAGCAAGGCUGGUCCUAGUAAAAGAAUGACUAGCCAGACAUUAGAUGGGAUCGAUUAUAUGCCAGUUGAUGAGAUAACAUCCUGCAAUCAUGUAAAAUUUGAAGUGCAGAUCUCAGUCUUCAACCACGGGGAUAUGGAUGGCAGCCAUGUGAUAAUGUUAUUUGGUCGAGCAUCCGCUCCAAUUAGGGGAGCCCCACGGAAAACUUUAAUUGGAUUUACCCGCGUGCACACAAAAUCUUCGAGUGCUGUCCAAUUGAUUAUGGGAAUUGACCCAUGCAAGCAUUUUAGCAUUGUAAAUGAUCAUGGACUAAAGAUAUUACCUUUGGGAACUUACCUUCUUAUGUUGGAAGGGUUGGAGCAUUCGAUAUCUAUUGAAUUGUAACAAGGGACUCAAAACUCUUUUUCAGCCGGUCAGGCGACUUGCAGCCACCAUCUAUUGGGAUGAGCCUUCACACGGCUUAUGAUCAGGACAUGCUUUUCUGUGGAAUUGCUUUCAGUUCAGAGGAGAUGAAUCUGUACUGGUGCAUCAGCUUUCUUCUAUUGAAUGUUCCUUGUACAUCCUCUUUAGCAGCUGACAAGAAGAUGGAGAAAGAAUACUGUAAUCAUUAGAGCGGUUCAGGCAGAAUCCUUGCAUAUCUUUUCCCCAAUUUUCCCAGAGAACACUGCAGCCUUUUAAAUCUUAGUUUCACAAAUUGAGGUUGGUUGUUAUGCUUGUGUUGUAAUUGUGAUCAAUUUGCUUUGUUGUAGGAACUAUAAGAAAGUUGGAGGGUUCAUUUCUAACUUCUUGUUGCAACCGGCAUUAUUUUCG